CGGUCUUUAGGUUUUCCUAUUUCUUGUGGUUUGAUCGAUCGAUCUAGGCGGGAGGAGCGACGGCGCGAGGAUGGGAGUGGACGCGAUACCGGCAUUGAUCGAUCCGUCGCGCAGGAGCUGGGACGAUCCAGCUCCCGACGACGCGGAGAUCGCCAAGGGUAUGAUCGGAUCCAUGCAAGCAUUUGAGAAGCCUGGAGCGAACGCGUUUGGGCACGAGUUCCGGGAGUAUAACAAAGAAAGCGAGCGGAGUUCUGGAGUGGAGAGUUUCUAUAAGAUCAACCACACGAAUCAAACAUAUGACUUCGCAAUGGAGAUGAGGAAGAAACACCUUGUUCUUGACAAGGCCGUGAUGGGCAUCUGGGAAUGCUGCGAGCUUCUCAACGAGUACGUCGACGAGAGCGAUCCGGAUCUGGACGAGCCCCAAAUCGAGCAUCUCUUGCAAACAGCGGAAGCUAUUCGCAAGGAUCAUCCAAACGAGGACUGGUUCCAUUUAACUGGCCUCAUUCACGACCUUGGCAAGGUGUUGCUGCACCCCAAGUUUGGCGAAGAACCGCAGUGGGCUGUCGUGGGUGAUACAUUCCCGCUAGGAUGCCCGUUUAGCAAAUCGAUCGUGCACUCGGAGUUUUUUGACAGAAACCCAGAUUCUCGUGACCCCAGGUUUAACACCGGCAAUGGCGUGUACGAGCUAGGCUGUGGACUUGACAAGAUAGUCAUGUCAUGGGGCCACGACGAGUAUCUGUAUCAGGUGCUCAAGCGAAACGAUUGUAAUUUGCCUCCACAAGCUCUUUUUAUCAUUCGGUACCACUCCUUCUACGCUUUGCAUCGAGCUGGAGAUUACAAGCAGUUUAUGGACGACUUCGAUCGCGAGAUGUACCCGUGGCUCGAAGAGUUCAACAAGUAUGACCUUUACAGCAAGAGCAAAGUCAGAGUCGAUGUGGAAGCCGCAAAACCAUAUUACCUCUCACUCAUUGACAAGUAUUUCCCAAACAAAGCGAUCAAAUGGUGAGACGAAACCUGGCACGAAACCAUUUAUUGGUAUUUCGUACAGAUCGCAAUAAAAGCGACAAAGCCGCGGAAAAAGGCCAAGGAAAGCAUCUUUACUCGAUUGGAGGCAUCGGAUCCCGUUUGUCGUUUAGCAACAUAUUGAAUUGAUCACGUUUCUCUAUUGGAAACUUCAUACAGUAAGAAAAAAAAGAAAAGAAAAACCUUUUUUUUU